AUGUCACGUUUCCCUCUUCUCCGUCUUCCUACCUUACCUCUUUUGAAUUGUAUUCAAUAUCUGAAAGUAUUCGAAAUAAUCGAUUUCUCUCUUCUCUCGAAACGAACAAAGACCCUUGUCUCACUCGUCAACUGGAAUCAACCUGAUAUUCAUUUAAAUUUCAACGAAGAUUCACAAAUCUGUCUGAAAUUUCCAAACGAUCCAGGUCUGGAAUGGAUUCUGGACUUCGAAAACGAGUUUAAUGAUGAAUUGAAUCAUACAACUAGAGCAAUCGAUGGAAAUCAGUUUCCAUCAUACAUUGCUUCAGCUCUCCACGGUCCGAAAGCAUUUCAUUAUCUGACAUUUCCAAAUGAUGACAACUUCGAAACAAUGCGGAAAAUGGCGGAACAUGUUUCAGCGAUAUUCCGAACACCGAUCGCAAGUUUCGAAAUACAUCAACAGAGCGAUCCAUCGACAAUGUCAAUUGUAAAAUGGUUCUGUACGUUGCAACCAUCAGUUGUGGAUUUUCAUAUUAAAAUAGAUGAUAUAACUGCCCCCACCUUAUUGUUUAUUCUAGAUAAUAUCAAAAUGACUGAUAACUUUAGUUGGGAAUUGAAAAUGAAUACCCCAGAUUUCGAAUACACCAAAGCAAUCGACAUUCCCUCAGUUAUAUUAUCUCAUUCUCAGUGGAUAACACUGAAAUCUAUACUGAAUUCAAGCAGUCGAGUGCUCGUUCUGGAAGAAUCCAAUUUGACUUUUUGGGAUAUCAAUAGCUUCUUAAUGCACUGGCUGAACGGAUCCAAUCCACAACUUGAGUAUAUUGCUAUUCGACGAUCAAUGAAAGGGAAGGCAAUCGAAGAAGAUAUUGAAGAAGCCUUCCAGAUAAUAACAAAGGAUCUCGAGGUCAGGGAGCAUGAGGAAAACGAAAAGAGACCGAUGCGAAUAUCAAUAUCGCUCCAUCGACCAUCAUCAUACUCACCUCCAAACGACUGGUGUUAUGAUAUAGUGAGAGAUGAUGGAACCAUUGGAACAUUUCAUCAAACUUACAGUAGCGAGCAUAGAAUCGAUUUCUCUCUUCUCUCGAAACGAACAAAGACCCUUGUCUCACUCGUCAACUGGAAUCAACCUGAUAUUCAUUUAUAUUUCAUCGAAGAUUCACAAAUCUGUCUGAAAUUUCCAAACGAUCCAGGUCUGGAAUGGAUUCUGGACUUCGAAAACGAGUUUAAUGAUGAAUUGAAUCAUACAACUAGAGCAAUCGAUGGAAAUCAGUUUCCAUCAUACAUUGCUUCAGCUCUCCACGGUCCGAAAGCAUUUCAUUAUCUCACAUUUCCAAAUGAUGACAACUUCGAAACAAUGCGGAAAAUGGCGGAACAUAUCUCAAAAAUAUUCAGAACACCGAUAGCAAGUUUCGAAAUACAUCAACAGAGCGAUCCAUCGACAAUGUCAAUUGUAAAAUGGUUCUGUACGUUGCAACCAUCAGUUGUGGAUUUUCAUAUUAAAAUAGAUGAUAUAACUGCCCCCACCUUAUUGUUUAUUCUAGAUAAUAUCAAAAUGACUGAUAACUUUAGUUUGAACUUGGAAGUGAACACCCCAGAUUUUGAAUAUAACCAAGCAAUCGACAUUCCCACGUUGAUAUUAUCUCAUUCCCAUUGGAUAACACUGAAAUUUAUACUGAAUUCAUGCAAUCGAGUGCUCGUUCUGGAAGAAUCCUAUUUGACUCUUCACGAUAUCAAUACUCUGCUGAAAUGUUGGUUGAAAGGAUCCAAUCCACAACUUGAGUAUAUUUCUAUUCGACGAUCAAUAAAGAUAAUGGAAGAGAAUGUUGAAGAAGUCUUCCAGAUAAUAACAAAGGAUCUUGAUGUUAGGGAGAAUGUGGUGGAUGAGAGGAGACCAAUGCAAAUAGUGCUCCAUAAAAAGGCAACAUACCAACUAUCCAAUUCGCUAUGUUAUGAUAUAGUAAGAGAUGAUGGAACCAUUGGAACAUUUCAUCAAACUUACUAUGAUCGUUCGGAUGACUCCAAUUCCGAUGGCUAUAUUAAGCUUCACUAUUUCUAUUUGCAUGUCUGGAAUAAUAAGAUUUAA